CUGAGGCGUAGGCAGCAUCAUCUUUGUUGAUAUGGCCUCGAAUCCGGACUCAGAGUCUGUUUCUCCGAGUACUUCUACUUCUAAAAUUUCCAUCCCGAGAUUAUCGAUUCGUGAAGUGGCCGCUGGGCCACGCACUAGGAAGGCAUGUAAGGAAUGCAGAAUACGCAAGGCAAAGUGCGACGGUCACCAGCCAUGCAGUCGAUGCGCGGCAUGUGGAGUAGAGUGUCUCUACAUUGAUGGGAAAAGGGAGACUAUGGAAAGGAGAUACCAAGAUCUUGAAAGUCGGGUUCAGGCGUACGAGAAAGUCCUGCGCCGGGUACAGUUUCGAGUCCCGCCCGAGGAAGGGGACCUUAUCGCUCAGACUCUUGCCCAUUACGGUCUGUCUACUGAGGUGAUCAACACUGUUACAGAUCAUGCACACCUUUCAGCUACAGAAGAUGAUACUGUUUAUGCAAUAGAGUGUGUACAGGAGGACCUUCAUAGUAGCAAAACUUUACAGCCCAUUGGAUUUAUUGGCGGUCCUUCUGAGCUGUCCUGGAUUCAGGAUUUGAACCAGGAGGUCGAGAAAUACACAAUAUCUUCGGAAGGAAUCUCUCCGAAAGAAGUUCCAACCAAUGACUCAGAAGUUUUGAGUAGGGUGAGUUACUUCCUGGAUGAUCAGGAGCUGGCCAUUUAUGGAAACAUUGAUCUUCAGACUCAGCCACCUCAAGGUGUUGCGGAGCGUCUGCUUUGCCUAUACUUUCAGACUGUGCAUCUUUCGUUUCCCAUUAUCAGCAAACUGUCCUUUACGCAACAAGUGGGCAGAUAUUACGCCAAUCCAAACUUACGUCCGCCGAAUAAAUGGCUCGCGAUUUUGAAUUUGGUUUUUGCUGCCGCUGCCAAGUUUGCGCAUUUAGUACCUCAACAUUUGAUGCAAUCCAUGGAUAGCCCGACGGAGUAUUUCUCCCGGGCUCAGCAACUCGCUACCGCAGAAAAUCCAUUAACUGAACAUCCCAAUCUUCAGCAGGUACAAAUUGAAGGUCUCACUGCGUUUCUGUGUAUGGUGUUUGGCCAUAUUAAUAGGUCCUGGAGAGUGUGUGGUAUCGCAAUAAGGUCUUCCAUUGCUAUGGGAAUAAACUUGCGGAAUCAGAGUAAAGAGAUAUCCAAUACUUCUAGAGAGAUCCGAUACCGUGUUUGGUGGUCACUCUAUACACUGGAAAACACACUUUCAGUCAUGACUGGCCGGCCUACCGGAACUUCAGAUAGGUUCUGUACGACACCUUUGCCAAUACCUUUCGAAGAAGAGCAGUUUCAUCGAGAUCCUGCUGCCAGACUCUUAGCAGAUUCGGGGUUUCGUGCUGAGUAUAUGGGGGACUUUGCAUUCUUCGGAUGCACCCCUGCGAACCGGCCUCCAAAUACCGACAAAAUUGGCGGCCGAAGGCCUGGCUCCAAACUUCAAGAUAUUAUCCCUAAUACUUCUCGGUAUUUUCUCUAUUUUGUCGAGCUGACCAAGAUCAUGCGUCAAGCACUUGCCAGAUUCUGGAUCUCCUGCCUGAUAUUCCUGACAGAAUCUGGUUGGCUGAGGUGUCUCCAUGGUGGUGUGUCCUACACUACCUCAUGCAGUCAGCAACCAUACUGCUGAUAGAGCUGGGCUAUCGCAUCCGAACAGGUGCCGACCAGGCCGCUUUUAUCGAAUCACGCAUUAAAAAAGCACUAGACUGGCUUUCCGCUCUGGCGGCUGAUGAUCUCGCUGCUGAACGUGCUUUCAAAGUCUGCGAUAGUCUUCAUCGU